CCAAUACGCACACUGAGGCCAUUAGCGUCUUGCCUAAAUGGCUGUGAACAGAGCCCCUCAUGGAGCAAAUUUGAAUGCACGUAAUCGGGGAAUAAAUUCCCUGUGUCCAUUUCUUCUCAAAGUACACCUGAGUCGGAGUAGUUUUUUGAAAUAAGGAACAACCUAUAAUGGCUUAAAACAAACAAGCUGUCCUCUUCUACUGCAAAUAUUUCCAACGAAAUGUAUAACUUCCCUUUUCAAAAUGAUGCUGCUGGCAUGAGGGAAAGCCGAAACUUAGUUUCAGCAAGCAUGCCAUCAACAAUGGAGUCUUUCAACCUUAUAGUGUCUGAGGUUGAACAUUCAACUGCAGCGAGUCCUCUCCUGUGAGACUAAAUGCAGCUCUCCAAAAACAUUGAUCUGUGAAUGAAACCUACACCUUUUGUACACGUUAACUGAUCUUAAACUAAAUAUAUCCCUUCUGUGCAAACUGGUUUUUUCCUUCUCCAGAAAAAACCCAAAAGUAUAUACUCGGCGCAUCAGCGAGCAAUAUACUUUAGAAUAUUUUUCAGUUGUGGAGUGCUGAAGGAAUUAUGCAGGUAAUGCAUAACUAGUUUUUGUAGUAGUAAGGGAGGGAACGCUGGUUAGAUUGUGAUAUGAUUUGUCUCAGGUUUGUACAGCAUAGGACCUCGGAAGAGUAAAAAACAAUAGUUGGAUAUAAUCUGCCAGUUGAUUUAUGAUCCUAUAUUGACUCCUUUUUUGAAUUAACGAUGUAUAAAACAUGGGGGGGAUACUAAACCACAAUACGACGGUAUGCACAUAUGAAGGCUGUAAAUUAUACAAACAGCCUAAAAUCCCACGGAGACCUUAAGUGUUUCAGACGUUGCAUAUCACUCAUUACAUUUCUGUAUUCAUACAUAGUUGGUUAUUUUAUAAUGGUGUAUUUAUGUAACAUUGAACACAUUGGGACUCAAUAAUAGUCUGGCACAUGUUUUUUAGGGAGGUUAAAUUGUUGGCUUGAAACUCAAAUCAUUAAAUUUACACUGGAUAAUUACAUUUUGCAGACGGAAUUAGACUUUUAGUAUUUUAAAAGGUCUAAUUCCGUUUAGUGGUUUAAAUAAAUAAAGGUAAAUGGUUGCAGGAUAAUGUACAGUACGAUACAUACACUGUAAUCGGUUGAAAAACACAUUUGAUGCCAUCAAAUUCUUUUCAUAUUAGGACUGAUACACAACAGCGACACUCUGAGGCCACUGUUAGAGAUGCAUUGUACAGUACAUACCGGCUUGUUUCAUUUUUAAAGAAAUUCUAACGGCAGAAUAUGAACUCUACUCUACAUUUUACAUAUAUUGGUGCCUUACAAUGCCAAUCUCGCACACUAACCAAUUUUUCAUCACUGAACAAACCAACCAAUGCCCUCUGAACUAUUGUGGCUGAACUGAGUGACCUGAGAGAUGUGUCGGCGCUGCGCUGGAGGUGAACUUAGCUAGUCAGACGCUAACGGUCGCAGCCAGUAGCGAUAACGUCAGUCUCUGUUGUAUGACAUUUAUUACUAAGGUUCACAUUUUCUAUAUUGGAAAAGCAGCUUUGGGGCCACGACCUACGGCACAGCGUUAAAGCUACAUAGAGCCAGACUAAAGUUAAAUAACUUGGCUAACGUCACUAGGGUGAGCUAACACUGACGCUAGCUAGCUGACGAGCAUUUGUCAAAGUUCUGUAUUCGGCCUGGUAACAGUGUUUACAACUAGUAGACUCUUGAGCAACUUUCACAGGGAAAGUUAAAUCAAAAGUUGAAUUGAAUACUAAGCAUGGCGCUCCUGAAGCUGGCAGAUGUGACCAUCACCUCCAUCAAUCCUUGACACACAGUCGGUAACGUUGGCUGAAAUUCACCAGCUUCAAAAACGGCAGCACCAGGAGAGAACCUGGACUCAGCAUCCAGGUCAAAGAUGGAGUUAGCAGCGCAUCACAGAGAGAAGGAGGUGAAAGAGGGCAACAUGCAGGAAAAAGAGGAUUCUCAGAGCAGAGCCGCGGGCAGGAAGGCUCACCCGGCUCUCAAAGCCUUUAUGUGUGGCUCUGUCAGCGGCACCUGCUCUACGCUGCUCUUCCAGCCUUUGGAUCUGAUCAAGACACGGCUGCAGACCCUGCAGAACAAUGCCAAGCCGGGUGCACCAAAGGUGGGGAUGUUUAGCGUUUUAAUUAACGUUAUCAGAACAGAGAGUUUCCUCAGUCUGUGGAAGGGGGUUUCACCAUCAUUUGUGCGCUGCAUCCCCGGCGUGGGCAUCUACUUCAGCACCUUCUACUCCCUGAAGCAGCACUACUUCCUGGAGCGGGCCCCCAACGCUGGCGAGGCUGUUCUGCUCGGAGCGGGCGCCAGAGCUGUGGCUGGUGUCUGCAUGCUGCCGUUCACUGUCAUCAAGACGCGCUUUGAGAGUGGCUGUUACAACUAUGUGAGUGUGGCAGGAGCUCUGAGGAGUGUGUAUGAGACGGAGGGCUUCAGGGCUCUGUUCUCAGGGCUGACUGCCACGCUGCUCCGAGACGCUCCGUUCUCCGGCAUCUACGUCAUGUUCUACAGCCAGGCCAAGAAGGCGCUGCCUCAAGAGGUGACGUCGUCGCCCUAUGCCCCGCUGGUGAACUUCGGCUGUGGGAUGGUGGCAGGCGUCAUGGCGUCGCUGGCCACACAGCCAGCAGACGUGGUGAAGACCCACAUUCAAAUCAGCCCGUCCCACUGGAGCACAACGGAUGCUAUCCGCUACAUCUACACGGAGCACGGCAUGGCCGGGUUUUUUCGUGGGGCUGUCCCCAGGUCUCUGCGUCGCACCCUGAUGGCGGCUAUGGCUUGGACUGUCUACGAACAGCUGAUGGCCCGAAUGGGCCUCAAAUCCUGAAGAGCAUCAUUGACGAGUCACAAUAAAACAGGAUGAAGUAUGAGGGAUAAUGAUAUACAUUAUGUUCUCACUGAAAGCCCCACUAAGGAAGAAACGGGAACCGUGGAGCUCGUAGAGACAGUGAACCAGCACGACCAAGUUUUUGAGAAUAACAACCAGGUGUGUGUGUGUGUGUGUGUGUGUGUGUGUGUGUGUGUGUGUGUGUGUGUGUGUGUGUGUGUGUGUGUGUGUGUGUGUGUUGUUAUUUAAAUGUUUGUGAAAAUGUACGUUUGUACGUUUGAGAUUGUGAUGUUGCACCUGACACACUCUUGUCAAUCUUGGGCUGAAGUGACACUCCCCGCUGUGAAGUGAACUUAUUCCUCCUCUCACUGUUUAUGUUUGGACACCCUGAGGUCUGGCUGCCACUAAAAAGAAAGAGGCUCUGUGACUAUGCUGUGACAAGGUAUUUUAAAAUGCUGUCGAGACAACUGGGACUCUGAGAAAGCUGGCUGGUGUGCUGGUACAUCUGCUGAGGUAACCAAAAACCAAAGCACCGCAGAGAGAAGAGCUCUGGCUUCUGCCAUAUUUUCUAAACUUGCAUAAGAUUGAGCAAUGUUUCUUGAAAAUCCCGAUAACACCUUUUGUUGCCUUACCGCUCACAACUAUGCUACUUAAGUUUGUACGCCACUGUGAUGCAUUUUGUGGCUCAGCAUAGUGAACCCAGAUGUGAGUUUUAAAGAAGUAAUGAUAGUCCGUCACAUCUGGGCUUAAGAAAAGUAGCAGACAAAAAUUCAGACUUGUGAUUUGUACGAGUUGUGUACUUGAAAUACUUUUUUUUUGGAUAAAAACAGCAACAUUUGCACUUUGCACUUUUCCCGACACAUUAAGUUAAUAUUUGAAUGACAGGUUGAAAUUGCAAACUUGACUUCAGAUUUAGUUUAGGAGUCAGUCACUUCCUGUGAGCAUAUUUCCAGAACAUUGGGAGUGAAGCAUUGCUUAAUCAUUGUGCUACUGUGUUUAUAAGAGUUAUUCAGAAUCCUUACCAGUGCUGGAGAGGCGUGAUAGAUAGAUAGAUAGAUAGAUAGAUAGAUACUUUAUUAAUCCCGCAAGGGGAAGUUUGUUCGCUACAGCAUUAUGAUACAGCGGAUGCAGGUGUGGGCGUUGUCCGGCGUCUUCUUGGCUUUGUAAAUAUUGGACUAGAUACAGAAUUAUUGGUUGAAACAAACGAAGGCCCAAUUUUUAUGUUCAUUGUACAGUCUCCCUUCGCUAUAAAUAUUUAUUAUUGUUGAUGUAAAAAAGAGGUGAUAUAUUGAAAAUGAUUAUAUUUCCAUAGUGUUUAUGGAAAUAAUGCCAAAUGGAAGAUCUCGUUAGUGGAGAUUGAAAGACUUCAUUGUCUGAACAAAAUGGAUCAUUACACACUCACAUUUGAAGAUUUUUGGAAGUCUCGAUAAGAUGACAGAAAAAAGGUCACGAAGAUAAUUUUAAUGACGAGUAGGUUUCAGUGUUAGCUGUGUAUCUAUCUAUCUACAUGUGCCGUAAUUUACACAUGGAAGUUUUGCCUCUUUGAUUUAUCUUCAUCAUAACACCACCCCUGUAGUCUUCGUUGAUCCUCUGUUGUGACUGUUUUGUUAUUGUAGAUAUUUGGUCUGUGCAUGUGUUUGCUCAGACAGACGUCGUGCCUGGCUGGUUUUUAAUGUCAAUAAACUUUCCUCUUUUUAAAAAAUA